AAUUAUUUGGGUAUUGCGUCCAAAGAAAGUACCAUCUAACCAGAGUUGGAUUUUGCAGAUCGUUAAUGGAGGAAAUCCAGAGAAGUAGAUUCAGGAAAAUCUGUGUUUUUUGCGGAAGUCACUCUGGUCGCAGAGAAGUUUUCAGCGAUUCUGCAAUCGAACUUGGCAAUGAACUGGUGAAGAGAAAGAUUGAUUUGGUUUAUGGCGGAGGAAGUGUUGGGCUGAUGGGUCUGAUAUCUCGGAGAGUCUCAGAAGGUGGUUGUCAUGUACUCGGGAUCAUUCCAAAAGCCUUGAUGCCUAUUGAGAUCUCUGGUGAGACUGUUGGAGAAGUAAGGAUUGUUGAAGACAUGCACGAGCGCAAAGCUGCAAUGGCCCAAGAAGCUGAGGCUUUCAUUGCUCUUCCUGGAGGUUAUGGAACAAUGGAAGAACUUCUGGAGAUGAUAACAUGGGCACAGCUUGGUAUCCAUAAGAAGACGGUUGGUAUUUUGAAUGUUGAUGGUUACUAUAACAGCUUGCUUGCUUUGUUCGACACUGGAGUUGAAGAAGGUUUUAUCAAGCCAGGCGCUCGUAAUAUCGUUGUUUCUGCGCCAUCCGCCAAAGAACUAAUGGAGAAGAUGGAGAUGUAUACUCCUUCACACAAGCACAUUGCUUCUCACCAAAGCUGGAAAGUUGAACAACAAGUAGCUGAAGAUUCUUGACAUGGGUGAUUUUGUGCAUUUGAAACAUCAAUUGUGAAAGCUUUGUGUGUAUGGUUUAAGGCCAUUAUUGGAUCAGAUUUUGGAUCAUACAGAUGUCUUCUUCUUCUUCUUUUUUUUGGAAUAAAUCAGAAUGAUCUGUCAUUUAUUUUGGAGAGAAAUUGUGACAGAUUCUAAGCUUGAAUAGCGACAGCUUACUCAACUCACAUGGAAGCAAUUAGAAACUGUCUCUUUUGAAAGCAACUUUGGCUAUGAGAGGGCCCUCCUUCAUCUCUGUCUCCUUAUUUACCUCUUUGCAAAAGAUUUAAUACUCCUUUUCUGUCUUCACAUUAAUAAUCUUCAAGAGAAAAA